GGCUUCACAGCACCUCUACCUACCAUUUACCAGAUUAAAGCUUGCUCUCUCUGUCUCUCUCUGCUGGGGACACUGCUGCUGCUGAACCACUGCAGUAGAUACCUGACAGCAACAUAACACAGUUUGGACAAAUCAUUCAGAAAUGGAGGCUUUGCUCAAGAUCGACAAAUAGACACCAGGCUUUCCUUUAUUUCUACUUCUGUCAGUGUGACAGAUAUUCAAUUUUCAGUGACACUGACAGCGAGUUCACUACAGCUGUCCACUCCAGCCACUCUUCCUCCAAAGCUGCUCUCCUGCACACCUCACUGCUGUAAAUAUUCAGUAUGUACCAGAUUGUGCCGGUGGCUCCUGGGGAGCAGCAGACAGCAGGUGGUUCUCCCAUGAAGAAGAAACUGUCUCAUGAGGGCCGGCCCAUGGUGUUAGCAGGCCUGUUGGGCUGUGUGUUGGUGCUGGCUGCUGUGGUGUCCUGGUGCUACUACUCAGCGUCCCUCCGUAAAGCCCAGCUGCUGAAGGCCGAGCUGCUGGAACUCAACAAGGACGGUUUUAUUAUUCAUAACAUGACGGGGGCUGUGGUCUUCAGUAUGACCUUCAGGUCUGGCACUCUGGAUCUGGACUCCUGCUCCAAAGAGGGAAAUAUCCUGAGCUGCACUCAGUCAGAUUCUGGCAAGCUCAACUUCUUUAUCCAGACUGUUAGACCAAAGGACACUGUGAUAUGUUACCGUGUUCGCUGGGAGGAGCUGCAAAGUAAGCGCUCAGUGGAGCACGCCAUGGCCUAUAAUGACUCUCAUUGGUAUGGAGGGGCGGAGACAGCAACACAGUACUGGCCUAUCAGAAUACAGGGAGAAAAGGAACCUGAGCCUUUCAUCACCAGCGAUGUCUACUCCAAUCGAGAUGCUUUCGGGGGUAUCUUGGAACGCUAUUGGCUGUCUUCGAAUGCGACUGCCAUCAAGAUUAAUGACUCGGUGCCUUUCCAUUUGGGCUGGUCAGAGAAAGACAGGACCCUCAGGUUCCAGGCCCGGUACCAGGACUCUCCCUUCAAACCAGCAGAGGGACAGCAGGCCUUACCCGAACUCAGCUACAGAGUGUGUGUGGGUUUGGAUGUCACCUCUAUUCACAAAUACAUGGUGCGUCGAUAUUUCCCAAAGCCCAGCAAGGUGCCAUCCCCUGAAGUGUUCAAACAGCCAUUGUGGUCCACAUGGGCUCUCCAUAAGACAUCUGUGACUCAGGACAAACUGCUGCAGUACGCCUCUGACAUCACCGAGCAUGGCUUCACGUGCUCCCACCUGGAGCUGGACGACCGCUACACUUCAGAUUAUGGAGAGUUUGACUUUGACCCGCAGAAGUUCCCCAACGCUAGCGGUAUGUUUGACAAACUCAGAGAGGACGGGUUUCAAGUGUCGCUCUGGACUCAUCCUUUUAUCAACUAUGACUCCAUCAACUUUGGUGUUGCUGUGGAGAAAGGACUGUUUGUGCGGGAGCCGAGCGGGGAGCUGCCUGCUCUGGUUCGCUGGUGGAACGGCAUCGGAGGAAUCUUGGACUUUACAAACCCAGAAGCAAGAGAGUGGUAUUCCUCACAACUGCAUAUGAUCAAAACUCGCUAUGGCGUCACGUCCUUCAAGUUUGAUGCAGGGGAGUCAAGCUACCUCCCACGCCAGUUUAGCACCAUGAUCCCACUGUCGGAUCCCUCCACCUUCACCCGCCGCUACACAGAGAUGGUCAUCCCGUUCAGUGAGCGUGCAGAGCUGAGGGUCGGCUACCAGAGCCAGGACAUCUCCUGCUUCUUCAGGAUCAUUGACAGAGACUCUGUGUGGGGUUACGAGCUCGGCCUCAAGUCCAUCAUCCCGACUGUACUAACGAUUAGCAUUCUGGGCUACCAGUUUGUCUUACCUGAUAUGAUAGGAGGGAACGCAUACCCCAACCGCACCACAGGUACUUCAGAUGGCAAAAAUGUUCUUCCAGACAGAGAGCUGUACAUCCGAUGGUUGGAGCUGUCUGCUUUCAUGCCUGCCAUGCAGUUCUCUAUACCACCGUGGGCCUAUGACAAUGAGGUUGUACAGAUAGCACAGAAGUUCACAGAGCUUCACAGGACUCUGGUGGCCCCAAGGGUCCUCGAGCUGGCAGGCGAGGUCCUUGACACAGGAGACCCAAUCAUAAGGCCCCUCUGGUGGAUCGCCAUCAACGACGAGGCCGCCUACAAGAUCGACUCCCAGUUCUUGAUCGGGGAUGACCUAAUGGUGGCUCCGGUGCUGGAGCCAGGGAAGCAGGAGAGGGACAUCUACCUGCCUGCCGGACGAUGGAGAAGCUACAAGGGAGAACAUUUUGAUAAGUGCCCCAUGUACCUUACUGACUACCCCGUGGACCUGGACGAGAUAGCUUUCUUUACAUGGGUUCACUGAAGACAUUAAAGGCACUUAAACUCGCACACACAUUCUGUUUGCACAUGUACAUUCUUGUAAGCACACAUGCCAAGAAGUAGCAGGAGAUGUUUGUUGUUCAAAGGGAAAUGACCACUAGGGGAAUUCACUGCAAGUUUUUGGCAAGAUGAACUACAUGUCUACUCUGUGGACUUUUUCGUGUAUAUAUUAACCGUCCACUCACAGAAUAACAAUGAAAUUUGUGUUCACUCCUAAUCAUCUUGCUCCAUCAUUAAGCUGAUCCUCAUGUGCCUUCCACAGCCAAUAGUAAAACCGAUCUCAGAUUGUAUCGUCACCUUGUCUUCCACCAAAGCUAGUAUGGUUUAAUAACAACUGUGCCAGAAGUAAUCUCACUUGUGUUUUUAGUGUGGCCUGAGAGGGUGGGGCACUGAACCGGCAAUACAUAUGCACUCAGAGGACAUCCCUAACCUUAUGUCACUACUACAUGUACUUAUAUUUGAGCUAGCGUGCAUUAAUUUGCAUUAAAUUCACACUAACAUGUGACUAAUUUCUUAAUUACAUUCUAUUUAUUAACUUAUUUUCUUUCAAUUUGUUGGAUAGUAUUUUAGUGUAUUAACAGUAAAGUCACAUGUUUAAUCUGGGGUAAUUGUCAUGAUCAACACACUGCAAAUAUGUACUACUAGUUUGCCUUGGAACAAAGGUAUUGUUUUCAAAGAUGCCAUUUUACUACGUGCCGUCCAUGUCUGCCUCGUGACAUUAUUUGCCUUAUCAGCUGAACUAAGCUAUGCCAACACUCACCUCUGCUCACAGUGAUUUAAGGCUUGAUGAUUUGUCCCAAUAGUUUAUAACACACUGGCAUCGCAAAGUAUGUGAGGAUCUCCCAUCUCAAUACAUGCUUGUCUGCAGUGAUUUCUGGGAUGAUAAUAUAUAGUAUAGCACUCCACUGGCUAAUCUAAAUUCCUAGCUCGAAAAUAAUUCUGCAGUAUAAGCUAGAGUCAGUAUUGUUUUGUAAAAUAUUUAAGACACUAUAUAUAGAACUGUUACGGGAUCAGAGUAUCUUUUUAACAUUAUUCUGAUAUUUUUGUCAGUUGACAUUUUUUUUGCAAAUCAGGAGCCUUUUUGUUGCGUUCUUGCCUUCUUGAUACUACCACCAGAUGGUGCCAUAGUCAUACUAGUUCCAAGCUUACAUGCGUUGGCUUUGACUUGUAAAUUAGCAACAUUUCUAAAAGAAAAAAAAGCAUUAUUUGGAAUAAUAUAACAAAUAUGUUUUUUAACAUAAAAACACUACAUUAACUUCUGUAAGAAAUACGUUUCUGAUACAUUUAAAGGGAUUUUGUUAUUAUAUUUAAU